CUUUCCACACUCAAAAACCUUUGUCUCUUCUACAUUUCUGAAAAAAAUGGAAGAUAAAGCAGCAAUCAUAGUAGGAACUGGCCCUGCUGGUUUAGCAGCUUCUGCAUGCUUAACUCUCCAUUCAAUCCCUCACAUAAUCCUCGAACGAGAAGAUUGCUUCGCUUCUCUUUGGCAAAAAUAUUCAUACGAUCGUCUCCAUCUUCACUUAAAGAAACAGUUCAGUCAAUUACCUCAUUUUCCUCUUCCUUCUUCUUCCCCUACUUACAUCCCUAAAGAACAGUUCAUUCAAUAUUUAAGCGACUACGUUUCACAUUUCAAGAUCUCUCCUCUGUAUAAUCGCCUCGUCGAGUCGGCCAGUUUUGAUCAAGAAAAAUGGACCGUGAAGGCCAAGAAUGUGAAGUCGGGUGAGGAUGAAGUUUAUUGUGCGAGGUUCUUGAUCGUGGCGAGUGGUGAAGCUUGUGAUCCGUUCAUACCGGAUGUUGCAGGUUUGGGGAGCUUUAAUGGAGACGUUGUUCAUUCUACUAAGUAUAAGAAUGGUAAGGGUUAUGAAGGUAAGAAUGUUUUGGUGGUUGGGUCUGGUAAUUCUGGUAUGGAGAUUGCUUUAGAUCUUGCCAAUCAUGGUGCGAAAACUUCCAUCGUUGUUCGUAGUCCGGUUCACAUUGUAAAUAGGGAGAUGGCUUUUUUAGCACUGGCAAUGAUGAAGUAUUUUUCAUUAGGGUUGGUAGACUCAUUGUUGGUGUUGGUAAGCAAAAUUGUUUAUGGAGAUUUGAGUAAAUAUGGAAUUACCAGGGCAGCAGAGGGUCCAUUUUUCAUGAAAGUUGCUUACGGCAAGUAUCCUGUUAUUGAUGUGGGCACCUUUAGUAAGAUCAAGUCCGGAGAAAUUCAGGUCUUGCCUGCAUUAGAAAGUAUUAGAGGCAAUGAGGCAACAUUUAAAAAUGGCACGUCACAUUCAUUUGACUCAAUCGUAUUUUGUACUGGCUUCAAAAGAUCAACCGGUCAAUGGCUCAAGGAUGAUUACCUUUUAAAUGAAGAUGGAAUAUCGAAGGUAAAUUUUCCAAAUCAUUGGAAAGGAAAAAAUGGAUUGUAUUGUGUUGGACUAUCAAGGAGAGGAAUUUAUGGAGCAAGUUCAGAUGCACAAAACGCAGCAAACGACAUCAAAACACUUCUCUAGUUUGUAUAAGAAAAACAUAUCCAGUGUAUGUUUUAUUUUAAGAAUUAUUAUACAAUAAGACAAGUUUGAAUUUUGAACAA